AUGGUAUCCAAUCUAUUAAAAGGAUUAAUCCUUUUUAGCUUAUUUAUAUCUUUUUUAAAUGGUGAUGAUAAAAUAUUCCCAGUUACAAUUAGGGAUUUAUCACCAAUGACAAAUCCAGAUUUUGAAAUUAAAAAUAAUAAUACAUUAGUUAAAGGAAUUGUAAAAUCUAAACUUAAUCAUAGUGAUAGAUCACCAGUCUAUUGUUGUGGUGAUAAUCAUGCUCCAUCAAAUGAUGCAUAUAAUUUCGUAGUUCAUAAUCAAAGUACAUUUCAUAGCUGGUUUCAUGAUGUUCCAGGUGUAAAUGUACCAGUAUUAAGUAAAUUAGUAUUUAAACAAAACCAAACUGAUCCAAGAGUAUUCUAUUAUGAAACUCCAUCAUUCUUUCCAAUUGAUGAUUUAGGUUUUAAAGAUCCAAAUUAUAAAGGUAAAAAAAUUAAUGAACCAAAUUAUAUGUCAAAAGAUAAAUUUGCCCAUAAUUACCAUUUUUGUUUAGAAAUGCAUGCUUCUUUCUUUUAUAUUGGUGGUGAAGAAUUUAAUUUUAAAGGUGAUGAUGAUGUUUGGGUAUUUAUUAAUGAUGAUUUAGUAAUUGAUUUGGGUGCACCACAUACAGCAGAAUCAGCAAGUGUUGAUCUUGAUAAACUUGGUUUAAUAAAAGGUAAAAGUUAUAAUUUUGAUUUCUUUUAUUGUGAAAGACAUACAACUGAAUCUUAUAUUCAUAUUUCAACAAGUAUUGAUUUAGAAUGCAAAUGGAAAGAUUAUUGUGGAGUUUGUGAAGGUACUGGAAAAUGUUGUGAUGUUUCACAAUGUACUGGAAGUUUAUCACCAUGUGGUAGUUGGGAAUGUCCACCACCAAAUAUUGGUACAAAAGAAUGGAAAUAUAAUUGUAUUAUGAAAGAACCAAAUUGUACAUUAUUGGAUACAAUGUGUACAAGUUAUGAAUGUAAUGCAAUUUCAAAAACUUGUGAACCAAGAGAGAAUGUUGAUCCAUGUGCAUAUACUAAUAGUUGUGAAAAGAAAGUUUGUAGUGAAGAAUUGGGAGGUUGUUAUGAAGUUGAAAAAAAAUGUUACUCUGAGGCAUUCUCUGAUCCAACAUGUUAUGAACUUCCAUGUGUAAAUGGUACUUGCACAGUUAAUAGGUUAUGUGAUAUACCAGAUAAAUGUAUAAUUAGUACUUGUAUCGAAGGUAAUGGUUGUUCACAUUUAAAGAAACAAUGCUCAGAUAAGGAUUAUUGUACAAUUGAUAGUUGUUCAAGUAUCACUGGUGAAUGCUUUUUCGAUAGGGUAAAAGACUGUCAACCAUGUAAUGAAACACUCUGUGCCACUGAUGAAAGUAAUCUUUGUGUGCGUACAGAGUGUAAUCCUUAUGAUAAUUCCACAUGUAAUGAAAUUAAAUUGGUGGAUUGUGAUGAUGGCAAUCUCUGUACCAAUGAUAUUUGUGAUCCAGCCACUGGAAAAUGUUCAAACUUACCAGUGGUUUGUGAGAUUAAAGAUGCUUGUAACAAACCACAAUGUGAUAUGGUCACUGGUAAAUGCAUUGUCACCGAUAAUUGUAAUGACAAUAACAUAUGCAGUGACGAUAGUUGCUCAUUGGAUGGCACAUGUAUUCACACUAAAAAGAAUUGUGAUGAUGGAAAUAAAUGUACAAAUGAUUUUUGUAAAGUUGAUAUUGGCUGCGUUCAUAGUAAUAUCACUUGUGAAUCAAGUUCAGUUUGUAUGGUUGCAAGUUGUGAUUCGAAUAAAGGUUGUAUUGAAUCACCAAUAGUCUGUCCAUCAAGUGCAUUUUGUUUAGUGGCUCAAUGUGAUGUAGGUUAUGGUGGUUGUAAUCAAUAUGAUAAAGUUUGUAUACCUGAUGAUCCUCAUUGUCAAUAUGGUAUUUGUGAUAACUCAACUAAAAAAUGUACAUUUAAAGAUUUCGAUCCACUUCCAUUCAGAUGUCAAUCUGUGGCUGUAAAAGCAGGUGUUAUUGGUGGUGCUGCAAUUGCUGGUGUAGUUGUUGGUGGUGCCGUUGCACUUGGUUUAGCUUUAUUUGGUGCUAAAGCUGGUUAUAAUCAUUGGAUGUCUUUGAAAAAUAAUCAGAUGGCAACCUCAUCUGUAAAUCCAUUAUAUGAACCAUCACCACAUCAAGGUACAAAUCCACUUUGGGAAGCUCCUCCAACAUAA